AUGCCCAUGGCGUCCUCCCAAACCCUGCUCCGCUGCUUUCUGGUCCUAGCGGUCACUGAAGGCUGGGGUCAACAGGCAGCCAUCCCAGGCUGCUACUUGCACUCCUUCAAUGUGACGGUGCGAAGUGACCGCCAAGGCACCUGCCAGGGCUCCCAUGUGGCACAGGCCUGUGUGGGCCACUGCGAGUCCAGCGCGUUCCCUUCCCGUUACUCGGUGCUGGUGGCCAGUGGCUAUCGACAUAACAUCACCUCCGUCUCUCAGUGCUGCACCAUCAGCAGCCUGAGGAAGGUGAAGGUGCAGCUGCGUUGUGGGGGGGACCGGAGGGAGGAGCUGGAGAUCUUCACGGCCAGGGCCUGCCAGUGUGACAUGUGUCGCCUCUCCCGCUACUAG